AUUCGUCUCACACGAACUGAGGAUGGCUGGUGCUGUAGUGUGUUGUUGCUGAACUGCUGAAGCUUUCCUUGCCUUUUUUCACUUUUUCUUUUGGAUAUUUUGUUUCUGUCAUAACCGAAACUGCGGUCCUUUCUCACCGAAGCUGUAGGAUAGUAACACCCCAUGGAAAUCGUAAAACUUAAAAGAUACUAAAUUUAUGAGCAAGAAAGUUUCUUAAGUUACUGUACAAAGUUUUAAGGGAAGCGCUGAGAGGGGCUCCACACUGUGGUUCUGUAUAACUGAAGACAUCAUGGCGAGGGGGGCCCUGGAGGGAUCUAGGAGUACCUCCUCGAGUAUGUCUUUUAGGUGUGGAUAUUUUGCAGCGGACAUUAAGUCGGAUGGACUCAACAGUCCGUGCAACUAUGCAUUUAUAGUGCUUGUCUUUUGCUGUGGAUUAUGCUUGUGUGCUGCGGAUUCUGAGUUUUCAGUAUUGGAAGAAGCUCAAGUUUUAGCCUCCCAGAUGAAGAAACUGGCUGCAGAGGAGUUGGGAGUGUACACAAUGCAGAGGAUAUUCAACUCCUUUGUAUAUACAGAAAAAAUAUCCAAUGGAGAAACUGAAGUUCAACAGCUAGCAAAGAAGAUUAGAGAAAAGUUUAAUCGGUACUUGGAUGUCGUGACAAGAAACAAACAGGUAGUGGAGGCAUCGUAUACUGCCCAUCUGACAUCACCACUGACUGCAAUUCAAGACUGCUGCACCAUUCCACCAUCCAUGAUGGAGUAUGAUGGAAAUUUCAACACCAACGUCUCCAAAACCAUUAGUUGUGAUAGACUAUCUGCUACUAUUAAUAGCCGGGCUUUCAAUCCUGGACGUGAUUUAAACUCUGUUCUUGCUGACAACCUGAAGUCCAAUCCAGGUAUUAAGUGGCAAUAUUUUAGCUCUGAGGAAGGAAUUUUCACUGUGUUUCCAGCACACAAAUUUCAUUGUAAGGACAGCUAUGAACACCGCAGCAGACCUAUCUAUGUGUCCACAGUGAGACCUCAGUCAAAGCACAUUGUGGUCAUCAUAGACCAUGGAGCAUCAGUCACAGAUACUCAACUUCAGAUUGCAAAGGAUGCCGCACAGGUGGUUCUGAAUUCUAUUGAUGAGCAUGAUAAGAUCUCUGUGUUAUCUGUAGCAGAAGUAGUAAGAACAUGUUCAUUGGAUCAGUGCUACAAAACAUAUCUUUCUCCAGCCACCAGCGAGACCAAACGGAAAAUGUCAACCUUUGUUAGUAGCAUAAAGUCAUCUGAUAGCACAACACAGCAUGCUGUGGGUUUUCAGAAGGCAUUCCAGUUGAUUCGAAACACCAACAAUGGCACAAAACUCCAGACAAAUACAGACAUGGUAAUUAUCUACCUGUCAUCUGGAAUAACUUCAAAGGACUCCUCUGAAGCAGAUAAAAGAGCAACCCUACAUGUUAUUCACGAUGAAAAUAGCCACCUUAACAACUCUGUAAUGAUCCUCACGUAUGCUCUCAUAAAUGAGGGCAUAACUGGUUUGAAAGAGCUGGCCUUUCUGAGAGACCUGGCUGAGCAGAACUAUGGGAAGUAUGGAGUGGUAGAUCGAGCUGCACUUCCAGUCGUUAAAGGGAGCAUGAUGGUCCUGAACCAGCUGAGUAACCUGGAAACAUCUGUUGGUCGAUUCUACACCAACCUGCCAAAUCGUAUGAUUGAUGAAGCAAUCUUUAGCUUACCAUAUUCUGAUGAACUGGGUGAUGGCCUAAUCAUGACUGUGAGCAAGCCCUGCUAUUUUGGUAACCUGUUGCUUGGAGUUGUGGGAGUGGAUGUGAACCUGGCCUAUAUCCUAGAGGAUGUCACCUACUACCAGGAUUCCCUGGCUUCUUACACAUUUCUUAUUGAUAAUAAAGGGUACACACUCAUGCAUCCAUCUUUGACCAGGCCUUAUUUGCUGACAGAACCACCAGUGCAUACAGAUAUCAUUCAUUAUGAAAAUAUUCCUAAAUUUGAAUUGGUUCGCCAAAAUCUUUUAAGCCUUCCACUGGGCAGCCAGUUUAUCACAGUCCCUGUCAAUUCUUCCCUGUCUUGGCACUUGAAUAAAUUGAGAGAUACAACCAAAGAUGCUUACAAUGUCAGCUAUGCCUGGAAACUGGUGCAGGAUACAUCAUUCAUUUUAUGUAUAGUAGUAGUACAGCCAGAAACACCAGUCCGACAGUUGAAGAACUUAAACACAGUUCCUAGCAGCAAGCUUUUGUACCAUCGUCUCGAUCUGUUAGGCCAACCUAGUGCCUGUGCCCAUUUCAAGCAGCUGGCUACACUGGAGAGCCCUACUGUUAUGUUAUCUGCUGGUAGUUUUUCUUCUCCUUAUGAGCACCUUAGCCAGCCAGAAACAAAACGCAUGGUCGAACAUUACACAGCUUACCUCAGUGACAACACACGUCUUAUUGCCAAUCCAGGCCUCAAAUUUUCUGUCAGAAAUGAAGUAAUGGCUACCAGUCACGUCACAGAUGAAUGGGUGAGACAAACGGAUAUGAGCAGCCUCUCCAGUUAUAUUGUUCGCCGUUACAUAGCAACACCCAAUGGGGUCCUCCGGAUUUAUCCUGGCUCUCUAAUGGACAAAGCAUUUGAUCCCACUAGGAGACAGUGGUACUUGCAUGCAGUGGCCAAUCCUGGGCUGAUAACCUUCACUGGUCCUUAUCUUGAUGUUGGCGGUGCCGGCUAUGUUGUCACACUCAGCCAUACUAUUCGCUCCUCUAACUCACCAAUAUCUCCUGGACAUACAGUAGCGGUUAUGGGUAUUGACUUCACCUUGAGGUACUUCUACAAGGUACUGAUGGACCUGCUACCAGUCUGUAACCAGGAUGGUGGUAAUAAGUUCAGGUGUUUUAUCAUGGAGGACCGAGGUUACCUAGUAGCACAUCCAACUUUAAUUGAUCCCAAAGGACAUGCCCCAGUGGAACAGCAACAUAUUACGCACAAGGAGCCCUUGGUAGCAAAUGAUAUUUUGAAUCAUCCAAAUUUUGUCAAGAAGAAUGUAUGUAACAGUUUUAGUGACAGAACAGUCCAGCGCUUUUACAAAUUUAAUGCCAGCCUUGUGGGUGAUCUGACAAACCUUGUGCAUGGAAGCCACUGUUCUAAGUACAGACUUACAAGAAUUCCAGGAACCAAUUCCUUUAUUGGAGUAGUCAAUGAGACAUGUGAUUCCCUGGCAUUCUGUGCCUGCAGCAUGGUAGACAGGUUAUGUCUGAACUGCCACAGAAUGGAGCAGAAUGAGUGUGAAUGCCCUUGUGAGUGCCCUCUGGAGGUGAACGAAUGUACUGGCAAUCUCACAAAUGCAGAGAACAGGAAUCCAAGUUGUGAAGUCCAUCAGGAACCUCUGACCUUCACAGCCAUUGAUCCCAGUUUGCAGGACACUCUUCCACAGUGCAUCAAUACUGGAUGCAGUCAAAGGCUAACAAGUGGUGAUUGUUUUGGGGUACUGGACUGUGAGUGGUGCAUGGUGGACAGUGAUGGGAAGACUCAUCUUGACCAGCCAUAUUGUGCACCUCAGAAGGAGUGCUUUGGAGGGAUUGUUGGAGCUAAAAGUCCCUACGUGGAGGAUAUGGGUAUACUAGGGGAUGAUGUAAUUGCACUGAACAUGAUCAAAAGUGCCCCAGUUGGUCCUGUUGCUGGAGGAAUUAUGGGAUGCAUUAUGAUUCUCGUGCUUGCAGUGUAUGCCUAUCGUCAUCAGAUACACAGAAGAAGUCAUCAGCAUAUGUCUCCCCUAGCUGCACAAGAAAUGUCUGUUCGAAUGUCAAACCUUGAGAAUGACAGGGAUGAAAGGGAUGAUGACAGCCAUGAAGACAGAGGCAUCAUCAGCAACACCCGGUUUAUAGCAGCUGUGAUUGAACGACAUGCACACAGUCCAGAGCGCAGACGCCGGUACUGGGGGAGAUCAGGGACAGAAAGUGAUCAUGGGUAUAGUACUAUGAGUCCUCAAGAAGACAGUGAAAACCCACCAUGUAGUAACGAGCCAUUGUCAGCGGGAGUUGAUGUUGGUAAUCAUGAUGAAGACUUGGAUUUGGAUAGCCCACCACAGACUGCAGCAUUGCUAAGUCACAAAUUCUACCACUACAGACACCAUCACCCUGCACUACAUCACAGCCAUCACUUACAGGCUGCUGUAACAGUACACACUGUAGAUGCAGAAUGCUGAACCUUACAUAAGCUUGACAUUAUGGCGAUGGUGCAUAAGCAAGGUGCCAGGCACUGUGUGGGUCAUACGUUCAUUCUUAACUGUACUUAUGCUCUGAUGGGAUCUUCCAUGGAAGUAAUCUAUGGAACAGACUGAUGUACAGAAUAAUUUAAGAUAUGCAUUGUGAAGGAAAAACAGGAAAGAAGAACAGACACCAUGGAUGGGAUCAAAACUUUCUUAAUGGAAUUUCUAAAAUUUUGCAUUUGCUGGACAGAGAUGUUUUAUCUCAUUAACAGAAAGGAAAUUUGAAGUUUUGAGCUGGUACGUUCCUCGUAUGGAAAUGCAUAGAUUUAUUUUAUCCAAAGACAGAAAUUCCUGCCAAUUAAAAAUGUGGAUUUCUUGUACAGAACUGAUCAACAUAGUUUAAAAAAAAUGGGAGAGCAUUAAAUUGAAAUCCUACGUCAUCUCAGAAUUUUUAAAAGAAAGGAUUAUUUUUUUACCUAUUUAUUUAACUUUUUAACAUACUUUAACUUUGACAAGUACUUCUAGAAAAUUGCCAGCAAAAGUGAGGAUUUUAUAUGAAUGACAUUCUAUUUUAGUAGUAGUUCUGAAGGAAGUAAUUUUUGGAAAAUCAAGACUUCCAGUGAUUCUGGUAUGCUCCACUGCACCAAAGUGAAUGAUUUUUUAAAUCUGCAUCAGUGCCAUUUUCUCUAAAUGUAUUGCCUAAAAAUAAUGUAGUUUACAACACAUGAGCUGCAGUAUAUUAUUUAAGAAAACAAAAGUAAAGUAUGUGUAUACGUAAAUAAUUUCCAUUGUAUUUGUUUAAAUCUGGAAGGCCCAGCCACGUCUAGAACAGCCAGUUGAAAAGCGAAAUAAAUUGUGAGCAUUGCUAAGUACAAGA